AUGGCGUCGUCGUACUCCUCUCAUGCUUUCUUCUUCGACAUUGCACUCCUCUUGCUUUCACUCGCAUCUGCUCCUUCGGCCUCCAAUGCCAACCUCUUCCGCGAGUACAUCGGCGCCGACUCCAGCAACGUCUCCCUCUCCGACGUGCCGAUAAACCCCGGCGUCGAGUUCCACUUCAUCCUAUCCUUCGCCGUCGACUUCAACCUCUCGGCCCCGCACUUCCCCACCGACGGCGUCUUCGCCCCCGCGUGGGACACCGCCCGCAUCACCCCUGCCCACGUGGCAGCCUUCAAGCGCCGCCACCCCAACGCCAAGGUCGCCCUCAGCCUCGGAGGCGACACCCUCGGCGACAUCGCCGUCUACUUCGUCCCCUUCUCCGUCGACACGUGGGUGGGCAACGCCCUCGCCUCGCUGACGCGCAUAAUCCAACAGUACCACCUCGACGGCGUCGACAUCGACUACGAGCACUUCGUGGCAGACCCGGAGACGUUCGCGGAGUGCAUUGGGCGGCUGCUGGCGGCGCUGAAGGCCGGCGGCGCAAUCUCCUUCGCCUCCAUCGCGCCCUUCGAGGACGACGACGUGCAGCGCCAUUACGCGGCACUGUGGAGGCGGCACGCCCACUUGAUCGAUUACGUCAACUUCCAGUUCUACGCGUACAGCGGCAACACGACGGUGGCGCAGUUCCUGCGCCACUUCGACGAGCAGAGCCGCAACUACGCCGGUGGGAAGGUGCUGGUCAGCUUCGCCACCGACGACGAGGGAGCAGACGGCGGGCUGUCGCCGGAGCGAGGGUUCUUCAACGCGUCGAGGAUUCUGAAGGGGGAAGGGAGGCUCGAUGGGAUAUUUGUUUGGUCUGCCGAUGACUCCAAGAGAACUGACUUUCGGUACGAGGUGCAGUCGCAGGACUUGUUAACGGGCAAAUAUUAAACGUCGAAGCAAAUACUAGAUUCUAUACGUUGGGUUGGAUCUUCCAAAAUCUAAAACACCUAAUAGAAUGAUGCUCAAG